UGCCCUGAAUCGACUGAAAGAAGCCGAUAUCUCAGUUGUAAUUGUUCCUCCUCACAGCGAGCUUCUUCUUCGAUUAUGGCUGUGGUUCUUGGAAAUUGGGCUUUGUUGCUGGACGUAACGUCCCCUCGGAUUGUAUUGGCGGAUCGAAAGGCUCGUCCAUUGGCUCUUGACGUUGUUUUGAGCCUACACAAGAGGGACCUUAACGCCUAUUAUGCUGCGGUUGUUGGCAAAAGCUUCGAACCAGAUGGUGAACCUAGGAGCCAAAGAAUCGUGGCUCGUGGAAAAUCGAAUUCGAAGAAGAACGGUGGCGUCGAGUUUGAGAGCGAUGAAGAGGAAAAUUGGGACAGUAAUGGUUUGGACGAAGAGGAGAAGUUCGAUUGGGAGAAAGAAAUGCGGAAAAGAGUGAAGGAGAUAGAGGAGAGGAGGGAAUUGGAGAAGAAAGCGGAAGAAUUACAGAGUAAAAUAGAGGAAGAAGGAAGCGAGGGCAUAGACGAAACCGAGGAAGAAAAGAGGAUGAGAGUGAGAAAAGAGCUUGAAAAGGUAGCUAAAGAACAGGCGGAACGAAGAGCGACGGCUCAGUUGAUGUUUGAAUUGGGUCAGAAGGCAUACGGCAGAGGCAUGUACAGUCGAGCCAUUGAGUUUUUAGAAGGCGCCCUCACAAUCAUUCCCAGGCCUACUUUAUUCGGUGGUGAGAUCCAAAUAUGGCUUGCUAUGGCUUAUGAGGCAAAUAACCGCCAUGGAGAUUGCAUUGCUUUGUACCAGCAAUUGGAGAAGACGCAUCCCAGUGUCAGCAUCAGGCGCCAAGCGGCCGAUCUUCGCUAUAUUUUGCAAGCACCAAAAAUCAAGAUAUCUCAGGAGGAAAUGGUGACAAUACCUCUAAUUGGUUCUAGUUACGACAGCUACGCAGCAACGUGGAGCGACAAGAACAAAGACAAAGAUCAGAAAGGAAGCUGGUCAACCACGAAUCAGCUUCCGUCGUCUAGGGACUAUUUGGGGGACUUUCUUGUUUGGCGACCUCCGAUUGGCUUGGGAAAAAGCCAAGCCUUCUGGCUUGGACUAACCUUGUGGCUCGGUUUGGUUGGUGCUGCCCUUUUACUUCAAAAGUAACACUCUUUUAAAUGUAAAUAUUACUGUCAAUGCCUGAUGUAUAAUUAUUCAUUCGAGUGUGCCGGUGGGUUUUGCUGUAUUUUUACGAUAUCAUCAUAAUAUAAUAUAAGGUCUUUAAACAUUAAAAAUGAA